AUGGCUCUCGCGAGCUUUUUACCGGCGCCCACCCAGCUUUCGCAAGACCAGCUAGAAGCGGAAGAUAGACUUCGUGCCCAGAAGUCAUACUCGACUGCCUUGGUUGCUUCCCGAAGAGAACCACCACCUUACGGUCACAGACAUGGAUGGGUGCCUCGCGCUCUGGAGGACUUUGGAGAUGGAGGAGCGUUUCCUGAGAUCCACGUGGCACAGUUUCCUCUGGAGAUGGGUCGGCAAAAGAAAACCUCUAAUGCUUUGACCAUGCAAGUGGAUGCAGAAGGAAAAAUAAAAUAUGAUGCAAUUGCAAGACAAGGACAGAGCAAGGAUAAGGUGAUCUUCAGUAAGUAUACAGAUCUACUUCCCAAAGAAGUCAUGAACGAUGACCCCCCAGAACUACAGAAGCCAGAUGAGGAAACUGUUGAAGAGCUGACAGAAAAGACUCGCGCUGCCCUCAGCAAGCAGGUGUCACAAAAGAUUGCUGCUGCCAUGCCUGUCCGUGCAGCAGACAAACAGGCCCCCGCACAGUACAUCAGAUAUACCCCGUCCCAGCAGGGAGUGGCUUUCAACUCCGGAGCAAAACAGCGUGUUAUCCGCAUGGUGGAAAUGCAGAAAGACCCCAUGGAACCACCACGUUUCAAAAUCAACAAGAAGAUUCCUCGUGGACCCCCGUCCCCACCGGCACCUGUCAUGCAUUCGCCAAGUAGAAAGAUGACAGUUAAGGAACAGCAGGAAUGGAAGAUUCCUCCAUGCAUCUCCAACUGGAAAAACGCAAAGGGUUACACCAUCCCUCUAGACAAGCGUUUGGCGGCUGACGGAAGGGGACUGCAAACAGUUCACAUCAACGAGAACUUCGCCAAGCUGGCUGAAGCGCUCUACAUCGCUGAUAGAAAAGCUAGAGAGGCAGUGGAGCUGAGAGCCCAAGUGGAAAAGAAGAUGGCCCAAAAGGAGAAAGAAAAGAAAGAGGAGAAACUCAGGGAAUUGGCCCAAAUGGCCCGAGAUCGCAGAGCGGGAAUCAAAAGCCAUGGCGACAAAGGCGGUGAAGACAGUGAAGCAAGGGAGCGUGAUGAGAUCCGCCACGACAGAAGGAAAGAGAGACAACACGACAGGAACAUUUCCAGGGCAGCUCCUGAUAAGAGAUCCAAGCUCCAAAGGGACCAGGAUAGAGAUAUUAGUGAACUUAUUGCCCUUGGUGUGCCCAACCCUCGUACCACUAGUGGAGCUCAGUUUGACCAGCGACUUUUCAACCAGAGUAAAGGAAUGGAUAGUGGCUUUGCUGGUGGUGAGGACGAGACAUACAAUGUGUAUGACCAGCCAUUCCGCGGCGGUAGAGACAUGGCCUCCAACAUCUACCGGCCCAGCAAAGCCAUUGACAAAGACGCUUACGCCGAUGACUUUGACACACUCAUGCAAAACAACAGGUUUGUUCCUGACAAAGAGUUCUCUGGCGCUGACCACGGGCAGAGGCGUGAGGGACCUGUCCAAUUUGAGGAGGACCCCUUCGGUCUGGACAAGUUCUUGGAGGAGGCUAAGCAGCACGGGGGCUCCAAAAGAGCAUCUACCAGCAGCCGCUCCAAGGACGACUACCACGACAAGAAGCGUAGAAAGGAGUGA